GUUAAAACCACAUCCACAUGAGCGACAAUCGCCGGUGUAAGAACGCGACCAGUCCCGUUCGCAUGUUUUCUAUGUACAAAAAAAGUCUGUACAGCAAUUUAUUAUAAACUAAUAAAUCUAUGAAUAUAGAAACAAACAGACAUUAAGAUGUUGGCGAGAAUACCCCAAGGGCCGUUGACCACUGCUUUCAAGACUGCUUCAGCUCAUUCAAAGUACUUGACACCCUGGAGAAAAUGUUUUUCAUCAGAGAGCAAACCGCCGGAGCCAGGUCCCAGUGUGACCGGUUUUCCCCCUCUAUCACAGCCCCUCCCGCACCUCGCCAAGGCGAUCUACUCAACCGCCAAAGAGGAGCAUCAAACCACCCAAAUAACAGUCCUCCCAAAUGGCCUGCGAGUGGCCUCUGAGAAUCGUUUCGGUCAGUUCUGCACAGUUGGAGUGCUGAUAGACUCAGGACCAAGAUUCGAGGUGGCAUACCCCAGUGGAAUCGCCCACUUCCUCGAGAAGCUGGCAUUCAACUCGACGAAAAACUACGAGAGUAAAGAUCACAUAAUGCUCUUGCUGGAGAAGCACGGUGGUAUCUGCGAUUGCCAGGCAUCAAGGGACACCUUCGUCUACGCAGCGUCUGCAGAGUGUCACGGGCUCGAUUCAGUCACCAAGGUCCUGGGUGACAUCGUCCUGAGGCCGAACAUCACUGAAGAUGAGCUGAACGUGGCUAGACAAACGGUGGCUUUCGAACUCGAGUCCCUGUUGACGAGACCGGAGCAGGAGCCACUGCUCAUAGACAUGAUUCAUGCAGCAGCGUACAGGGACAACACCCUGGGCCUCCCCAAGAUCUGUCCCCAAGGAAAUAUCGAGAAAAUCGACAGGAGAAUUUUAUUCACGUACCUGAAGAAUCACUACACCCCGAAGAGAAUGGUAGUCGCUGGAGUGGGAGUUGAUCACAAUGAGCUAGUCAGUGCUGUGGAGAAAUACUUUGUGGAUGACAGGCCAAUUUGGGACGAGGAUACUAGUCUUGUGCUUCCUGAUGCAGGUGCCAACAUCGUGGACGAGUCUGUCGCCCAGUACACAGGGGGUUACAUCGUCGAAGAGUGCAGCAUUCCAGUCUACGCUGGACCAAGUGGUCUACCCGAGCUGUCCCACAUCGUUGUGGGCCUUGAGGGCUGCUCCCACCAGGAUCCCGAUUUCAUUGCCAUGUGUGUACUCAACAUGAUGAUGGGCGGUGGCGGGAGCUUCAGCGCUGGUGGACCUGGCAAAGGCAUGUACACGAGACUCUACACUAAUGUGCUGAACAGGUACCACUGGCUGUACAGUGCGACAGCCUACAAUCACGCUUAUGCUGAUACUGGAGUCUUCUGCAUUCAUGCGUCGUCGACACCGACUCACGUCAAGGAGAUGGCGCAGGUGGUCGUGAAGGAGCUGGUGGCCAUGGCUGGGCCUAUGACUGAGAGCGAAUUGGCGAGGGCCAAGAAGCAGCUGCAGUCCAUGCUUCUUAUGAAUCUCGAGCAGAGGCCAGUGGUCUUCGAGGACAUUGGCAGACAGGUGUUGGCCACUGGCGCGAGAAAGCGACCGGAGUAUUUCAUGCAAGCGAUCGAGGAGAUCACGAGGGAGGAUGUGCACAGGGUGGCCAAGAGACUUCUCAAGUCGCCACCCAGUGUUGCUGCUCGAGGGGAGGUCAGAAAUGUUCCCACUCUGGUUGAUAUUCAGGCUGGACUGCAUGAUGCCCAGGGGAGGAUGCCUGGGACACGCAGCAGGCUAUCACUCUUUCGUUAGCUGUUUCGAUUCUUCCGAUAUUGAAUUUCAAAUAACACACCCUUUUUUUUCCACUGAUUUUUUCUUUUCCAUCCCAGGUCUCAAACAAUUGUAUAAAGUUGUGUGCUACAAUUUGUUAUUAAUAAAUUCGAAAGUAUUUAUACGUAGAAUUCCAGAAUGUUUAUUUCGAUGACGACAAAGGUUGACUGUAAUGACACUAAAUUCGAACAUGUAAAUAAAUCUUGUUACCGAUAGAA